AUGAAUUUCCAGACUCCCGGAGAGGAAGGUUAUGCUUCAGACAGUCACACAGCCCAUCGACCGAACGUGGCUGCUUUCCUGGAAGACAAUGCCCCGAAGCGUUUGCGCCCUAUAACCGUCGACAACUUUGGAUAUAGCCUGUCGAGACCCAACGCCACGAGACGGUACUUUUACGACAUCUUCGACAAAAGUGCACAGUUCAACUGUAACAUCGAGGGCUGGCACACCGAAACCGGCCCUGGUGUUUAUGAAGCGGCUUUGAAGGUCUCCGAAGUUGGCGAGAUCGCCGACAGGGUGUCCCUCUUCAAGUAUCUGGUGAAAUCUAUUGGCGUCGACCACAAUGUGACGCCGUGUUUCAUGGCAAAACCUCUACAAGGAUUCGCUGGCAAUUCUGGCCACGUCCAUGUUUCCCUAUGUGGUGCAGAUGGAAGAAAUCUCUUCCUCGCGAGCCUGUUGGAAGCGUUACCAGAUCUCAUGCCAGUCUUUGCGCCCACAGUCAACUCGUACAAGCGGCUCGUCGAAAACUACUGGGCGCCUGUGGAUUUAAGCUGGGGUCUCGAGGACCGUCUGUCGUCCAUCAGGCUCAUUGCCCCGCCUGUUUGCAAACCCAGCGCCACCAGAUUCGAAGUUCGCGUUCCUGGAGCCGACACGCAUCCCCAUUUCACGUUACACGCCAUUCUGGGAGCCGGCUAG